UUAAUAUAAAAGAUAAAAAUAAAUUCACAUUUAAAUAUACACUAUUAAAAGAUAUUAUUAAGUGUAAUCUUAGAAAAGACACUUAAGAAUUUUUUAGAUAUCUUAUUUUGAAAACAUUAAAAUAAUAUGUUAGAUAUGAUAUAUAACUAAGCUAGUUUGAGGAGAAAUAAUAAGAAAUUAAAUUAAUGUGAUGGUCCAACCUAAACUAUUUGCAAGUAGAUAAAAAGUGCUUUUGUUCUAAUAGUAUUGAUGAUUUCUUUUCAGUCCACAUAUAUCACAAAAUGUUCUUAAUAUCAAAUUUAAGUUUCUUAAUUUGAAUAUUACUAUGAAAAAGAUUUUGAUCUAAUAUCUACAUCCCAUAGAUAAAACUAUGAAAUAACAGAAUAUAAUUUAGUACGUUCACUACCAAUUGAGUUUUGAAGUUUUAUAAUUUUUAAUAUUAAUAAAAAUGUGAAUCUAAUUUAAUAAUUUAAUUUUUAUUAAAAUAAACAUCAAAAUUAAAACAUGUUAGGUAUAUAUAUAUUAUUCCGCACAAGGUGCAGAUCAUCAACAAUAAAGACGGAUAAAGCAUUAGAGUGAAAUUGGAACAAGGAAAUAGUAUUAAAAAAUUGAUGGCCAGAUCAGUGUUUGAAGUCUCAGGAAACUUAUUACGCACCGGGAAACCCAAAUUAAAAAUGAAAGUGUUCGAGAAUGAGAAAUCAGAGUACAAAGGACAUAUCACAGUAGUUAUGGUUGAAGUACAAGUUGAAUUAGGUCAGAGUAUUAGCUACACUGGUCGAGAAAUUAAUUCUUUCAUAGUUCGGAAAAGAUUGUGGAACAACAGAAUGGAAAGCCAAGUGUUGUUAAGCUUCUUCAAAGGUUCUUAAAUUUGAGUUUUGAAUUAAGUAAUAGUACAUGAAGGUUCUUUAGGAAAUUUAGUAGGUCAGAAACGCUUGUGGCUCAACCUAGACCGUCCUACAAAUUUUGGAAAAUUCAUUCUAAGUUAUUUGGGUAGUAAUAAGCUUAGAAUUAGUUUAGAAAUGUUUUGGUCGUGGAAUUCUAGGUUUUGGCCAAAGAAAACCCUUUCCGACAAUCUGGAUCAGACAAAGAUACAUUUAAAAAACCAGGCUCGUUCGGAUCCUUAUAUGAGGUGUUGAGUGCAUCCAAAAACUUCUGGACUAUACAACUACCUGCUUGUCACUUUCAAGAAAUUGGAUAUGUGUGUCCCUUUUACUUGGCCAACUCCAAACUGGUCAUGUUGCACCAGGAUUGGUUAAUUUGGUGGCUGGCCACAAAUCUUGUUUUUAUUGGACAUAUUUGCAGCUGGACACUAAACUGUUUCUCAUUGGCCAUUUUGGGUGGCCAGGCCAAAUCCUGCUUGCUACCCACGACUCAAAACUACUUUUAGUUCAUUCUUACCACAUAUAAAGAGACCCUCACCCCUUAGUUCAUUCUUCACACAAAAACCUAACAAUAGCCAUCCUUUGAGCAUCUGAUCCUUAAGGUAAACUUUCUAGUUGUUAGCUUUACUUUUAAAUUUAGUUUCCAGUUCAUUAUUUUUAUUUUUAUUUAGACGCAGUUCCGCAUUAUGGAACAUCAGGAAUCCUACUGUUAUAGGGUUAAUUUGACAGGACUUUUGAAUCAUGGCAACCGCGAGUAAAGGUAACAAAAUCAGUAUGAAUAUCAUGUUAAGGUCAAACCACCCGAACACCCAAGUAUGUAACACCACUGAUCCGGACUAGGUCAAUAUUGACUAGUUUGUCAUGCAAAAAUCAAACAAUAACAUGCACGACGAACUAGACAACUUUAACCAGAUCAAAGAUGCUACUACAUGUGUCAGACCUUCGGUCCGAGGUUCUUAGAAUACUUGAGUUUUUGUAUCCUAACAAAUUCAAGUUAAGGCUUUUCAACUCGACUUUGAACCCAUAAGUUGGUUUGUCCCAGACCAAGACUCCACUUAGGUUAAGCUUACGCUUUAUUUAUCAAACAUUUUAUACAUUAUAGAGAAUCUUCGUAAAAUAUCAUACCAACAUUAUAUAGGAUAAGCAUAUCGCUCCAAAAACCCACACAUCACAUAAUAUAAACAUAAGUGUAGCAAAAAGGGUAAGAAAACUAUACCCACCAAACGUCUCCUCCGUGCCCCGACAAACCCUCUACUAGUUACCUGCAAAACAAAGAGUCUUUGAACAACUUGUUUGGUCAGUAGGUAACGGUAUAUUCUAACGAAAAUAUACUAACUAACAUGUAUGCAUUAUAUAUUUAAAAAAAAGAUCAAUGAACACUCAAGAAUAUGAUAAUUUAAAUAAUCAAUCAAGUAAACCACACAUCCACCCUUUACAUAUGGUUAGAUUCUGGUAACCAGAAUUCGGAAGAUUUGUAAUGGAAGAAAUCGUUACUUUCUUUUAGGAUCCAAAUUAUCUCUGUAGCCACACAAACACGAAAAUCAGAAAGAUAGUAGUUGCACAGUGGCUUUAUUGAUCAUCAAGAAUAUUUCGAGACAAAAGGUCAUCAGAAAGCUAGUACUGAAACUCAUUAACACUGAGAAACAAUAGAACAAAGCGAAAAAACGUCCAAGUCUAAACUUGAUAGUCUAACCACCUAUGUCCUACGUUCUCCAAAGCUAACAUGAAUUUCUCAGAACUUUCAUUGCUGGGUUCCCUUAUUGAAUUUCCAAGGUCUUGUUUAUAUACUCUCUCAAAGUCGUUAGUGUUUCCUUUUUCUCAUAUCGUCAAUUUCUCCAAUUCUUCCUUAUUUGUCGAGAUUUGAGUUUAUCAUUUCAAAAAAUCUUCCUAUAUCCUGUUUUCUUGCAUAUUCCUCUCCACGCAAAGUAAACCGUCAUUAAAAUUGGGCUGCUUCACAUUAUAAGUCAUAACUAGAAUGUUUUGUAUUUAAAUCCGUUCUCAGAUCGUUUUAUACAAGUUUUACGACUUUUCUCAGAAAAAUCAUCAACUCGCUCCAAGUUGCGGUUUUUGGUGCUGUUUAUCUAGGAAAUGAUAAAAGCAUAUUUGUUUCAUCAAAACAUACUGGUGUUCAAGUUAACCGUUUUCGCCUCGACAUUUGGCUAAAAGUUACAAAAAAACAAAGUGUUUCUUGUUUUCUUCAUAAAAUCUCAACAACAACUCUAAUUGCAAUUAAACUAAGAAGUUUUGGACAAGAUUCAAACGAGAAAUGAUGAGAAGAGAAAUAGUCAAUAAGGAAUUGGUAAUGAAGAAUGGGCAAUGGGCAAAGAGGAUUCGACAAUGCUUCAAGCUUCUACAUAUUCCAACAACUCCUGAUCUUGCCAUCUGAAUGCAACCUUGAAGAUCGAAAGAGCCAACAGAUCAAAACGGUCAUUUCAGAAAACUCAUUAUGGGCAGAAGAAGAGAAAGAAGCAGAAAUUUCUUAGAAAGAGCAUAAUGAAAUUAGCUGCAAAAACAGUUUUCUAAGAGAUUUUUUUACUCUCUAAGACACAUUAUGUCUUAUGAAUUACUCCAUUAGACACAUCCCACAUGGGGCACACAUUACCUUUGUCUAAAGUCACUUUUGCCCUCGUUUUAGACCACACCACACUUACCUAACCACUGAUAAAGUAACCAUGGUUCAACAUUUUUUAUUUUUUUUUCUGAUUCUGUGUCGGACAAAUCGAGACAGAUUUGAAACAAGAGAGACUUAGCUCCACCAUUUUUGAAAACCCCUUAGCUCCACCAUUCAAAUCUUCCAAAAACACCUUAGCUCCACCAUUCUCGAAAUCGAGUUGAUUACGAAGAUUCAUCGCCGGAAGCCAACCGGAUCUGUCACGGAGUCGACGAAGUCUAAUGGCGAGAAAAAAACCCUCAUUUUCUCAGGCGAAGGAGAAGAAGAAGAACGCCGCUUCUCAGGACUCAGACCCACCGCCGUCGUCCUCCGGUUAGUAUCCCCCCACUUCUGUUUCCUCUUUUAUAAAGGUUUAAUCUUUUUCAUAAUUUCAGGAGUAACCCCGUUCAUCUCUUCAAUUUCAUUCUAGGGUUUGGGGAAACCAUUUUUGGGGAUUUUCGGUUUAUCUGUUCACCUCUUCAAUUACAACAGUUUUCCAGUUACCUUCUUCUUAUGGUGUUUAUCGGUUCACAUUUCUGAGUGUUUUUGUUGAACAAAGUUACAAUUUUCUUGUUUUUUUUUUUAUUUUUCCUCCGAUUUUCUUCUCCAUUUUUACAGAGGUUUUCUUCUAAUGUGUUUCUCCUCUCUCUUUUCAGGAACCAUGCAACCGGAUCCUCGUCUCCCGUUGAGGCUAUUUGCGACUGAUAGGUUCCCCAUCAACAAACUUAACAUAUAUUCUUCACCGGAGAUCCUACCAUUCCUUCGUCAUGUUCUCAGAGACACAAAGGAGUUCCAAACCAUCCGACAGUCUUGCUUCGGAAAGCUAUUCGACAUCCCUUCCCGACAAGCUCCUAUCUCUAGAAAGCUCAUUCACUCCUUCCUCUCACGCCAACUUAUAUGCGGAGGCGACCAUACGCUUUUCUCUGUUUUUGGUGGAAACCCUUUCCGUUACGGUCUCCAAGAGUUUGGAGCUGUAACAGGUCUGAAUUGUUCCCCCUUUACAGAAGGAUAUCAUCCCGACACCGCCAAGGCUGUUGUUGCGGGCAAAGAUGUAGUUUGGUAGAAACUUUUCGUGGAGAAGAACAUGAUAACUAUAGCUGAACUCUGUCAGAUGCUUGAGGAAGACAAGGACAUGUUGUUUUGGAAGAAGAUUCGUAUAGCUCUGAUUAUCAUAGUCGACGGCGUUCUCAUUGCGCACAAACAAGUCGCACGCCCCACUCCUUGAUAUGUGAGAAUGCUUACGAGUCUCAAAACCUUCUUCGCCUUUCCUUGGGGUAGAGAAUCAUUCUUGAAGACCAUCUCCUGCAUGAAACCACCCAAGCCUGCUCCACCGAAGAUAAAGGAUCCUAUCGCUUGGCUCGUGCACAAACUCAAGCAGCGAUCUUUUAGACUGCAGGGCUUCCCUUUUACACUCCAAUUGGUUGCUUUCCAGGCCAUCCCACAACUGCUUCAUUUCAUCCCUGCUCCCUUCGAUAACCGCACGCUUAUGGACCUUGAAGAUGGUUACCUACCCCAGCACGGCUCCAUAAAUUUCCUUGAUAUUAGGCGUGUCGAAUUCUCUUCUAAUGUACCGGUCUAGUAUAGAUUCUCAAAUUCUAAUGUUUUUGGUAAUUGUCAAAUAAACCUAGAUAAUGUGAAGAACAAUGUCUACAUCCGCGGCUUUUAUAUAAAACUCAUUUUCACAUUUUUAAUCAUGUUUUUCAGCUUUCUGUCUCACCGGUCAUAGCUAUCGAAAACCAAGCGGAGCCUGGUUGGGGAGAUUGGCCCAACAAAAUCAAGGAUGACCGUCUUAUUUACCUGGAACAUUUGAUAUCUGAGAAGUACACGUUCAACAAAGCUAUGUGGCCUGGUGGGGUAACAACGGAGCCUCUACUUAAAAAUCCUAAAGCUCGUGGUCACCGUCACGGGAAUAAGAAGCUCACUCGUGUCAAUCAAUCUCUCAAACCAAAGCCGACCAUCAAGAAGGAGACGUCUUCAAGGAAGCAAAGGCGCAUAAGUUCUUACUUUACACGCUCAAACGUCAACACUUUCACCAACGAACAACUAACGGAGAUGGUCUUGGUACUUCAAAAGCAGAUGAAACAGAUGCAAAAUUUACUAAAUCAGAAGAAGAGAAAAGCGCAUGGUAGGCAAUCAUCAUUUCAUACAGUACUAUCUCGUUGCAAAAAACAACGGUCAUCUCAUCAUGAAGAUCAGGGAGCACCCAUCGAUCAGGAUUUCCCUGACACACACCAGAGCGGUGUUGAGACUGCACCCGUCAAACCUCUCGCUAGCGAUCCUCCAACUGAUCAGGUUGUGGAUGCUAUGGAGAGAGAUGAUCAUGAGGACCCCCAGUCACCUCUCAUAAGUCAGUACGCUGCUCAUAUCCACCGCCAGGCUUCUAAAAACAUGAACACUACUCCUGAUGACAUUCCCAACAAAACCGUCCACACCACAACUGUCCACGCCUCCGAGGCUCUCGAUGGUAUGGAAAAAAAAAGACACCAUCCACAACUCUCACUUCCACUGCUCAGUAGACCACCAGCUGGAACCCGCGGAUGAUGUGGCCCACGAAGCAGACAUUGUCCCCGUCUCACAGAAACACAUAUCAUAC